GAUACAGCGCUGCUGCGGAGCGACGACGAUGUCGGAGCAGGAGUCUCUGAGGUGCUCCAGUGCCAGAAACCGCGGAGGCGUACAGAGGGUCGAAGGAAAACUGCGAGCCAGUGUAGAAAAAGGGGAUUACUAUGAAGCACACCAGAUGUACAGGACUCUAUUUUUUAGGUACAUGUCACAGGCAAAACAUGCUGAGGCCAGGGAGCUGAUGUAUAAUGGCGCUCUACUCUUCUUCAGCUAUAACCAGCAAAACAGUGCAGCAGACCUGUCCAUGCUGGUGCUGGAGGUGUUGGAGAAAUCUGAGACAAAAGUUGAAGAUGAAAUAUUAGAAAACCUGGCUAAGCUGUUCAGCCUGAUGGACCAAAACUCUCCAGAGAGAGUAGCGUUUGUGUCCAGAGCCUUGAAAUGGUCGACGGGCGGGUCCGGCAAGUUGGGUCACCCGAAACUCCACCAGCUGCUGGCUGUCACCUUGUGGAAAGAGCAAAAUUACAGUGAGUCUCGUUACCACUUCCUGCAUUCGUCUGACGGGGAGGGCUGCGCACAGAUGCUGGUGGAGUUUUCAGCGUCACGAGGCUUCCGCAGUGAGGUGGACAUGUUUGUGGCGCAAGCCGUCCUACAGUUCCUCUGCCUAAAGAACAAAAACAGCGCUUCCGUGGUGUUCAGCACAUACACAGAGAAACACCCGUCCAUAGAGAAGGGCCCUCCCUUUGUCCAGCCUCUACUAAACUUUAUCUGGUUUCUGCUGCUGGCAGUGGAUGGGGGUAAAUUAACAGUUUUCACAGUGUUAUGUGAGCAAUAUCAACCUUCCCUGAAGAGGGACCCCAUGUAUAAUGAGUAUCUUGACAGAAUAGGACAGCUUUUCUUUGGGGUUCCACCCAAACAGUCCCCAUCAUACGGUGGACUGCUAGGAAACCUGCUGAACAGCCUGAUGGGGUCGGGCGAGGAUGACGACGGUGCUGAGGAAGCCCAGGAGGACAGCAGCCCCAUAGAGCUGGAUUGAGCCUGCAGCCGAGGACGUGGAGAACAAACGAACACAAAAAAAAAAAGAGGAAAAGACCUCGCCGCCUCCCUCCUUCACCUCCACAACAGGGGUGGGGCGAGGCGCCGGUCUGUGUUUUCAGAGGCGUGCUGUUUCACAAACACCCCCCCCCCCCCCCCCCCCCCCAAAACCCCACCCCGACCCCUCAUCAUCCCACCCAUCAAGUCCAAAAUCAGAACAAGUAUCAGGCCGCUAAAACACCCCUCUCAGCACUGCCUGGACUGACUGCGCCAAACUGCAAACUCUUCCCGUGUUGAAUUAUUGUAAGACUAUAUAAUUUUAUUUUAAUCAUUAUUUUUGUUAGUUUUGGGACUCUCUGUUUAGGGUUUAUGGUUUUUAAACAUAAAAUAACAACAAACUGUCCUUUCCCUGUGAAUACCUGCCUGAUGGGCGAAUGUUUGGUGUCCCAGCGGAGAGGACAGCAUCACAAGCGAAACCCCUCCUUAUAAUGUUGUUGUUGAUGACAUCAUCAUAAGAGGGGUUUUAGGUCAUUUCACUACCAUAUUCUAACUGUUUUUGCCAGACAGUCACACGGAGCUGGAUCAGAACCAUGGUGUGGCUGUCGUCGGCUUUUUUUUUUUCAACAACUUUUUUCCGUUAAGUCUCUUUCAGUUUCUUUUAAAUUAAAAUGAUUUGUAGUCAAGGCCACCUUUCAGUUUCUCUAGUUUGUCCAUUCGCUUCAUGGACAGAAAAGACAACAAAGUUAUGUGUAAGAGGUCACCUUGCACCUUAAGUAUCAACCAAACAAACAAACCCUGUCUUUUCAGUGUCUUCUCAACACUGGUGGCCAUCAUCUUUAUUUAAGUUAAUUACUGCAAACCUGGGCUGUCUGUGUUGAAAUAACUCCGAUGCAGACAUCUCACUUUUUUACCGUGCACUUGAAGGACUGAUGCUAAACUUGUUAGCAUCUCCAAGAGGAAUUUUGUGUGGUAAAACACAAAUUUUGGCUUUUUUUUUUUCUCUUUACAGUUGCCAAGUCAUAAAAAAUGUCUGGCAACGACGUGUUUGAAGCACUUAUAAAGAGUUUAUGUUCUGCUGGUUGUUGGCUUCGGGCGCCUGUCUACAUGCUGUGAAGAAUAAAAAGUCCAAGUUUGAGUUACCUUCCAA